AAUGAAUUGAUAGCCAGAUACAUCAAACUCAGGACAGGCAAGACGAGGACCAGAAAACAGGUGUCUAGUCACAUUCAGGUUCUUGCCAGAAGGAAAUCUCGUGAUUUUCAUUCCAAGCUAAAGGAUCAGACGGCCAAGGAUAAGGCCCUGCAGCACAUGGCUGCCAUGUCGUCGGCACAGAUCGUCUCGGCCACCGCCAUUCACAACAAGCUGGGGCUGCCUGGGAUUCCACGCCCCGCCUUCCCGGGGGCGCCGGGGUUCUGGCCAGGAAUGAUACAAACAGGGCAGCCAGGAUCCUCGCAAGACGUCAAGCCCUUCGUGCAACAGGCCUACCCCAUCCAGCCAGCAGUCACAGCCCCCAUUCCAGGGUUCGAGCCUGCAUCAGCCCCAGCCCCCUCAGUCCCUGCCUGGCAGGGCCGCUCCAUUGGCACAACCAAACUUCGCCUGGUGGAAUUCUCAGCCUUCCUUGAACAGCAGCGAGACCCAGACUCGUACAACAAACACCUCUUCGUGCACAUUGGGCAUGCCAACCAUUCUUACAGUGACCCAUUGCUCGAAUCAGUGGACAUUCGUCAGAUUUAUGACAAAUUUCCUGAAAAGAAAGGUGGCUUAAAGGAACUGUUUGGAAAAGGCCCUCAAAAUGCCUUCUUCCUCGUAAAAUUCUGGGCCGACCUAAACUGCAGUAUUCAGGACGAUGCCGGGGCUUUUUACGGUGUAACCAGUCAGUAUGAAAGUUCUGAAAAUAUGACAGUCACCUGUUCCACCAAAGUAUGCUCAUUUGGGAAGCAAGUAGUAGAAAAAGUAGAGACGGAGUAUGCAAGGUUCGAGAACGGCCGAUUUGUGUACCGAAUAAACCGCUCCCCGAUGUGUGAAUAUAUGAUAAACUUCAUCCACAAGCUCAAACACUUACCAGAGAAAUAUAUGAUGAACAGUGUUUUGGAAAACUUCACAAUUUUAUUGGUGGUAACAAACAGGGAUACACAAGAAACUCUCCUCUGCAUGGCCUGUGUAUUUGAAGUUUCAAAUAGUGAACAUGGAGCACAACAUCAUAUUUACAGGCUUGUAAAGGACUGAACAUGGUUAUUUAUAUAUAGAUAUCUGUAUAUACACACACACACACACCCAUGUGCGCACACACACACUCUCUCCAUUAUUGAAUGACUGACUGUAAACCUCGCCACAGAGGGGUGUGCCCUGGCCCUGAGGACACCCUGACUUUUUCUAAAUCCUGUUUGAGUGAAGUCAUUAUUUUUUUCAUGUGUUCAUACUAUCAUUAUAGCUGUGAAGUUCUGGUACAGUUGUAAAAAGAGAAAUCUGAGUGGUUUCUAUGUGUUCUUCACAUCCGCAGCCCACAAUUCCUCGGGAAAAGGUGACCCUUAAGAACCUGGGUCUCCUCUGUCUGCAGAGACCCGUUUCUAAUUGUGGUAGGAAAAAAAAAUUUUGAAACAGAGCAUUUGCCAUGGGGCAUUUACAGCCUUUAUACAAAUGUAUUUAGUUCUGUUUUUUUUUUUUCCCCAACGUAAAAUUCUUGUCUUAAGAUACAAGUAAAAUUAAUCUUUAAAUGUAAAUGUAAAUUAGUACACAAAACUAAGAAUCUUUAGACUUAUCUUUGUAACUAAUUAGGGUGGAAGUUAUGAAAGAAUGUAAUUCACUAAAUUAUUUUUUAAAUGAAACUUUUCUUUCUUUUUGAAACCAAAUGUUAAAAUAUAGCCUUAAAUGCUUGGUAGAAAUAUUCUAAUGAGACAAAUUUAUACUUUUUUUUUUUCCUCAACGUGAAAACUAAUCUCUUAAUCCAUUAAACUCUUGAACAGGUAUUACAAAGGAAGAAAACUUCACCCCUUAUCCUUAACAUAUAUAGUAUAUUUAAAAAAUAUAAAAUUGUAUUGUACUAAUGUGAUGAUUAUUUAAUGAAAAAAAAAAGAUGGCUCUUUUUGCAAUAAGUAGAUAAAUACUGAAAAUCUAAACAUACAAUGUUUAUAGUCUUGUGUGUGCAGUUACAUUGUCUCUGGACAACCAAAUUUUUUACUAAGAUGAGUAAAUGUUUGAACCACUGAAAUUUAAUAACAAAAAUUUAAAAUUGGCAUGAAUACUGCACUGUGAGCUGCAAAGUAGAGAAAAAUCCUGUGGCUGGGAGAAAUUUCAUCAACCAAACAAGUAAAAGGCUCAUCAGUUUUAGCAUCUCUGCUCCCCGGAAAAUUGCAAGCAUCCUCACCAGCCUGUGGAUGAAUUCUUUCUGGUGAACCAGUGUGCAUAUUAACCUGCUAUAACUAUGUGUGUACAUGUGUGUUCAUGUACACAUCCACACACAUAUACACACAUAGUUGUUAAACACAUAUUUAUUGAACAUCUAUUCAGUGUCAUCAGUUUGCUAGGUGCUGAUACGUAUGUAUAUCUCAACCUGUGUCCAUAGAUCUAAAUAUAUUCUCAAAGGACAUCUGUUUGCUCAACAUCUCUCAAUAAGUCACAGUACUUGUUUGACUGAGGUUUGAGAGGCCCGGUACUCUCUCUGACUUUUUUCAGACAGACUCAUCUGGAAGGUUCUCUUCCCAGAAGAAAUUCAACUUUCCAACCCAAAUAUUCCAAAGCAUUGCCCAGGCAGAGUUGGUUUGAAGUGGCCACGUGUCUUGGGUUAUUUCCAUAAGUGCUUCAUUGGGAGGGAGACAGGGUUAUACUCCCCAGCUUCCCAGAGGAAAGUGACAUUUUUAUAAUUGCCAGGAAUAGGUCAACACAAUAGAACAUGAAAUAAGUUUUGUAAGUUGUGAAGCCUAUCGUGGCUUUUUCAUCAAGCCAGAAAAGAAAUGCCGUGUUCUUUCACAUCCAAGUAACUUACCCGCUUCCCUGUCCCAACCACCUGCUCUGACCCUGCUUGGAUAUUGAUUAGAGUGUCUGGCGGUCGGGCCACGAGGGUGUGGCUGGCUUGUGGCAGACAGGAGGCCACUGGACGGAGCCUAACCUCUCCCAAACUCAUGCCACUGGUUCCUGGAAGGACCAGAGGAGAAAGUGCAAAACUUCUCCCACUUGGAACGCACACCCCCCUUAUGAACCAGUAGGCUGAUGUCUGUCUUCCCUCCAUAAAGAAACUAACAUUUAUUCUCUGACUCUAAGGGGGCCUUUGAAGGAUUGCCCUAGUUGUCUGCCCUUCCAUCUGGCCUUCCGCCCAGGCACUGAAGCUUCUUCCGUGGUCAUCAUACUUAAUGACUUCUCCUGGGCACCCCUCCUAGGGAUGUUUCUUUCACUCCUGUCUCCCGCGUCUUUCCUCAAUGGAAACCCCACUCUCCCAGGGCCAGGACCCUAUGAAGGGGGGUAAAGGAUCUUCUAUGGCCAGAGCCAGCCAGAACUUCAGCGAGAGAAGUAUCUGAUUCACAUUCCCACAGAGGAAUGGGGCUCUUCUGUCUGCCAGGAGGACUCUUGGGAUUUACUUUUCAAAGCACAAAUAGACCCAAGAAGAGCAGCUGGAGGGUUGGUUCUGUUGGCUACAGGGAAGGGCAUACCCUGGUCUGCUGAGCCCACGGAGGCAGGCUGUGCCCUCCUCCCCCAAAUGCCUUCGGAGCUGAGUUUGGGGCAUUUACGUGAACAACCUGGAGGAUUGCUUUUUGCUCUUAAAAACAUUUCUAAGAGCCUUAAAAAUUUUACUUCUCAUCUUGUUCUUCUAAAACUUUCUCCAGGGCGGAUAUUUUCCCUAUCUUAACCACUGAUCCAGUUACCCAAACCCUUGGCCCUCUCUCUGUCUCUGCCAAGUUAGGUGCUGGGGUGGGGUUCGUGUUGCACCACCUAAUCCAAGUCUGUCUGUGGUCUUUCCUCCUUUGUCGCAGUCUUCUCCCUUCAGCUGUCAAGCUUCCCAGAACCAUAAAGAAGGCUUUCCAGGCCUCUGUCCUUACAGCUUUUAUAGCUUUCUUUUGGGUGCCGGAUCUCCUGGCGACCCUGCAUUACCAGCCUUGAGUCAGGGGCAUCUCGUACUUUUAUUGGGGAGUGUGGAGGCCCAUCUUCCGUAGCCGACACAGGAGAGAGCUGGAGAACUGGACUCUGGUCAGUAGGCAUUCGUUUCCAUCUUAGCAAGAGACCUAAAAUUACUAUCAGGACUUCUUCAGAACAGGUUCUGGAAUCCCAGGUUUAUGCUACUCUAAGUCAGGGGUUCUCAGCCUCGACACUGUUGACAAGUUGGGAGCAGUUCUUUGUUCUGUGGGACGAUCCUGCGUAGCGUCCCCAUGGGCUCCCCCAUGCCCUCCCUGCUGGUGCCACAACCCAGACUAUCUCCAGACAUUACCACAGGUCCCAUGGAGCCCAGUAUCACCCCCAGUUGAGAACCACUGCCCUAGAUCUUAGAGGUCACAAAUACCAUAUUUGAGAUUUUCUUGUUCCCUUCCGUUUUGCUCCAAGAAAGCUGCUGUCCUGGAGCCUUGUUUCAGGUUGUGAAGAGGCAGGUAGGAAUAUUCCUCAAAUGACAUUAUGUCCCGGUCUCCUCCCCUUCGGAGCUUCUUUCACGGCAGAGUCUGUCUGGCUACAGAGGAUUCCUUCAUUCAUCCCCGGGGAUGUGGGGAAGAGCUGGUCACCAUCAUCCCCAUAAUCAUGUUAAGGUGUAUCUGUGAUUUGAUCUUUAUUCCUUAGUUUACCAGCUUUAAAAGAAAUCCCAGCUACAUUCACGAUUCUCAUAAGCAUCUGGGUCUCACGAUCAAAGCUUUCAUCAUUUCGGUAAACUUACUCCGGUCUUCUGCUUUCUGCCCUACGCUCAGUGCUGUUUUUAGAAUUUAUGGAAGCCUUUGGAACACCGCAUCUUUAAGGAUGGAGGCGAGAGGGACCAGUUCUGGCAGCGGGCUGAUAGAUAUUUCUUUGUUGAGCUAAAAGAGAGCACAAACUACCCUCCUUCAUUUAGCAGAUGAGGAAGUUGAGGCCCAGAGGGGAGGUGACUUGCCCAGAGUCACCCAGCUGGUCAGUGACACAACCGGGGUGAGGCUCUGGGACCUCGCCACUUAAUCCUUGGCCUCUCCCAGUGCAAGUUGUUCCUCUUUGGUGCUCAUGCUUCAAAGAUCCCUACGAAGGUGUGCACAGGCUCAGUGCAGAAGAGAGGGGGGCACUAAGAACCCCCUCAGCCAGAGCACGGCAUCGCCCCGAUGCUGACGCUGCUUCCCCCACGGAGCCUCUGGUCUGGUUGGAGCUACGUGAGGCAGCCACAAGCAGAUACGAAAGCUGAUGAGCCUUUUCGCUUACCCUGAGGACAAUGCACCUGCCACAGACUCCGAGUCUAAUUUUUAUCUGCUAGGCAACCCAGCCGCCCUGUCCCACACUCAGACCAGCCAAAAAGCAGCCCCCAUUCCCAGCACUUGGUGUGAGAAGUCCCCAGAUGACUUCAACCCAAGUCUUCUUUAGGUCUCAAUUCUGUAGUGGCUUUAGCAGUCUGUUUUUGUACAACCAUAAAUUAUUUAAAUCGUCUGAGAUGACAGUCAAUCUUACAAACCAGGUACACAUGAUUUGUCUAAGUUUGUAUAUGCUCUGUCUGGUACCCUACACCUGUCCUCACGAAGGGUGGAACCGAUUCUGUGUGUUGGCGUUCACACCUGUGACACUGAGAGCAUAUGUCUGCAUUGCUUCUUUCUUUCUGUUGAUGUUUCUGUGGCAAAGCCCUGCACCUGUCAUUUCUGAAAAGCCUUAAAUCUUUGAGACGUUGCGUGUAGGGUGUGCAGUGCAAAAGGCUGCCUCAGAACUGUGAGCCCUUUUGUAAGCUGGAAGCAUUUCUCUUACUACUGUUACUUUUUUAGGGAGUUUUAAAUUCAGAGCUGCCAAAGCGUUCCAGUAAGCAGUGCCUUAGUGAUUACCUAGUCAUACCUAGCCCUCUGCGUCCAUUUACUAAUUGGCCCCGUAUUUGAAACCGCACAGGCAAAAAUUGUUCUCAUUUCUCUUUUGUAAGCCCAUUUUUUUCCUCCGGUUCUAUAGGACACUGACCACUUGGUCUAAAAUCGGAAACUGAACACGAGUCGGUUCUUUGACCGCACUCUCAAAUGUAUAUACCAAAACGGAAGGUUUUCCAACUUCGUAGUUUACUAUGAAAAGCAAAUUGUACUUUUAAAGUUGCCUUUUCAAUUCAUGACCAAAUACUUAGCUAUUUAUGAAUCUUCUGCGCUCUAGCAUGGAAGUGCCUUUGGUUUGAGAUUCCAGCUUAGAAAAGUGCUACCAUAUAACGAUAAUUUGUAGAGAGACCAAAAAUAUUCUGAGAUCACCGUAAUGCCUUUGGUUUACCAGGAUGAGUAACCAGCCACAGGCCUCUGUCCACAAGGGCGCGACGCGGACCCUACCUGCCGCCACCAUCUGGCGCUCAGCAGUAGCAGCGGCAGGAGGGACCCCAGGAACUGUUGUGUGUGUGUGUGUGUGUCCGCGACCCCGGGCGUCCUCUUGGCCCGUCACCCAGCCCUGCGUCCGCGUGAGGGGACUGCCACGCAAACGACAGACUUUCGGCCGGUGGACAGAUUUGUCCCUCCCCUCGUGUUCGUGUUCAGUCUCUGUGGAGGCUUUCUUUCCCAUUCAGACGACAGCGCGCACUUCUCUGGUCUACGCAGUGAUACCACUCUGGAAGUUGGAAGCCUCGAACCGAGAUGCGAGUGCAGAACAAAAAUGAGUUAGGGUCAUUACAGUUGAAGUGUUCUUCUUACGGCGGAAAUGUUGACUCUGAGUGUUGUGUACGAAUGUGCUAUGAGAAACUUCCAAAGAGCACCAUUCACAAUUCGGCAUUUUUAAAGAAUGUUCCAGCCCUCAAAAGGGCAACCCUUUAGAGUCCGUGUUGGCUUUUAUUAAAACCUUGUAGAGAUGGGGAAUACUGAUAGAGGUAAGGAAGAGGCAUGGAAAGGACCAGAAGGCAAAAACACCAGCCAAACAAAAGCCAGGAGAAAAAAAAAAUGUUCUUUACCGAUAUAGACUUCACAAUGACAUUAGACAUCUUUGAAAGUUAGCCUCUGAACUCUUAAUGCGUAUGUUCUUUCGUCUCUCCCUGGUGUCUUUAAGAUUACCCUGUCUGGGCUCUGAAAUUUCAGGAGUGAUUUCUACCCACACCAAGUUGUGAGUAUUUAUAGAAAUUUCUACAAGAAAAAAAAACACAAAAACAGUCAAAUGAUGAAAAGGAAAAUGAGCUAACACGAGCGAUAGUCAGUCGCUUGAGUUCAGCCCUCCCUGUCAGUACUGAACCACCCCUGGAAAGAAAUUAAUCAAAUGCUUGUUUUCCUGCUUCUCUUUUCAGCUGUUACUGUGCUUUGUUUGGCAAUAGUUUUCUCUCAUAAACUCAUUGCUUCUAUUGUUAAGAAUGAAGGUUUUGUGUUUAAAAUUUACUGCAUUUGCAAGGAUAGUUUCGCUGAAGUCAUGCACCAUUAACUAAGAUGAAAUAUUGGUAUUUAUUGUCCUACUUCCUAAGGCUGUAGCUUGUUUUAUUCUUUGUGAAUUUGCAUUGAGUCAGUCGUAUGCCACACUACAUCAUUUUAGUUUAUUUGAAAUGGCAUUUAUGUCCCCUCGUGUUCCUCAUUAAAUGGGGUCAGAUUCUAGGAGAUUCCACCUCUCUCAGGUAGACUCUUUUGUCUGCCUUCCAUUAUGAGAUGGUUUUCCCUUCCCCUGUCUCUGAGAGAGGCUGACAGAAUCUAGGCAUAAAUCAAUUGGAAACCAGUCUCUUAUUUUAUUAUUAUUAUUUUUUUUGGAUCAGUCAUUUUCUGUGAUUAGUUUGUGUAAAUUAGAUAUUAACUGCACUUCUUUAAAAAAAAAUACAUCUCCCUGUUACCUCCUUGAAAGAUUCACUCUGUAGGCCUUUGUCAAUAGGCUCUAGCCUGCAGAUAAGGAAAGAGGAAAAAAAAAAGAAAGAAAAAAAAAAACAGUACGUGCCUGAAAAACAACAAAAAAAUUUUGUAACAUUUAAAAAAGAAACCCGAAUAGCCUUUAAUUCUUUAAUAUGCUUAAAUUUUAUGUAAAUUGGUUUUGCCACAUGUGUUUGUUCACGUUCUAAAUGACUUAAUGGGAUUCUCACAGUCGGUGUCUUUGUGUCCCGUGUAUACUAUGGGCUUGUGACGUAAGCGCUUCAUCUGGUCAGUGGUCGCUUUGAUAUUGUACUGCAGCUGGGCGGGGGCUCCGGAACCUGCCCCCGGGUGAUAAGGUUCCUCUCGGUAGAUUGGAGAGAUGGGGGUGGGGGGCGAAUUCUCACACACGUUUUCUUAAACUAUUUGCAGAAACUUUCAAAAGGCAUUUGGUUAAACCUCUUGGCAGUACAGUAUUCUUGUAUUUGUUAAUGUCCGUGUUUAGGUACUGGUACCUUUUUGUUUAAAAAUGUUCUAAGUGUUGGCUUUAAAGUGAAUUUAUCUUUAGUAUGAUAGUUAUAUGAAAAUUAUAGGGUUUGUGUGCAGAGAAUUUUUUUAUAAAGUGCUUUGUAAAAAAAAAAAAAAUGUAUUCUAGCUUUCGCGGUACAUAUGUGUGAUAACUUUAAUAUCCAUGACAGUUAAGUGCAAUUAUUUCAUCACUCUAAAAAUGCUAUUUUUGUGUCAGUUCCUGCAGGUGUUUUCAUGUCUUUGCAAAGUGACACAUUUUGAUGCCUUCUUGAUAAAGUGGUAGACAUUUUGUAGCUUUCUAGAAACUUUGUAUUCAUACGGUAUCAAUGAAAAAUAAAGAAAAUGAAAGUGUGGGUUAC